GUUACCAACUAGGAGUAUUCGUCAUUAAAUUAGUAAAAAAGUAAAUCAAGGAGAAUGUACAACGCAGGCUACGAGGUGGACGUGAUCGAUCCCUAUUAUCAGCCGCCCGUGGAGGUGGUGAAUGUGAUUGGACCCCCGCCCCCUGUGGAAGUGAUAAUGCCCUCGCCCGUUUACAACCAGCCGGUGGUUGUGGUGGAGCAACCCAGCUACAAUCAACCAGGACCCCCCCAAGGACCCAGUGACGCCGAGUGCUGCAUGCUGCUAGGAGCCUGUUGUGUCAUGGAGGAGUGUGGCCUGUGUGUCAUCAUGUAGAAUGUGCUGUUG